AUUUCUAUCAAUAUUCAUGAAGAAGCUAUUCCAGAAGCCCUUUCUUUACUUUCUCAUCAGUGCCCAUGCGCUAGGAUCAUGCGGCGAAUGUCAAUCCGCGCCAAUGAGCAUUGCGAGACUGUAAGCUGGAGUCCCACCACGCUCGGUCUGUUCUGAGUAGCUUCAAUAAUACAGCGAAUUGCUGCACUGGUCACAUUCCGGCUAGUGCCUGGAAUCAUGUGAUACGGGCGCGUACGUUUGACGAGGCUGUGAAUUGCAUGACCCUCAGCCUCGAGACGGAACAUUUGUCGUUAUGAUCCCUCGACAAGUGCAGAGGAAGGGCCGGGCUGCCCGCACUACCUAAUGAAUGAUGGCUCGACGUGGGCGUACUCAUCGCGAAUAUACAGUUGGAUGGAUAUGUGCUUUGCCAAUCGAGUUGAAAGCAGCGUGUGCGAUACUAGAUGAGGUCCAUGAGACGCUACCUUCCGCCGACCGCGACGACAAUGUGUAUACGCUGGGGCAGGUGGCCCAACACAACGUGGUCAUCACAUGCCUUCCGAAAGGUAUAUAUGGAACAACCCAAGCUGCGAACGUCGCGCAAAGGAUGGAGCUAAGCUUCCCUAAUAUUCAAUACCGAUUGAUGGUCGGGGUUGGCGGGGGAGUUCCAAGUCCUGGUGAUGUUCGUCUGGGAGAUGUGGUGAUUGCUGUUCCUGGUGCAAAUUCCACAGGGAUUGUCGCUUACGACCACGGAAAAACAACUGUUGGUGGCCAUCUCGAGCAGACGGUGAUACUCAACAAACCCCCGUUGAAUAUGCUCAAGGCAGUUCCUCAUCUCGGAUUGGGCCGUAGUCUGUCUAUCAGUCAGACUCUGAAAGCAGCGAUCGCGUCAGAUCCCAUAGCACUGACAGAAUUCGCAUAUCCUGGGGAAGAGCAUGACAAAUUAUUCGAGGCGGAAUAUGACCAUCCGGACUUGAGUCAAAGCUGCUCAAGCUGUUGUAAUGAGACGAAGAUUUUGCGAAGACUUCAAAGGAAAAGUGACGAGCCACAUCUCCAUGCAGGAACAAUCGGAUCAGGAAAUCAGGUCAUUAAAGAUGCUAGAACGAGAGAUUCCCUGGCAAAAGCGCACGGAAUAUCAUGUUUCGAAAUGGAAGCAGCCGGGCUGGUGGACUCAUGGCCGUGCCUGGUGAUUCGAGGAAUCUGCGACUAUUCGGACUCCCAUAAGCAGAAACAAUGGCAGCCCUAUGCCGCCAUAACCGCUGCAGCAUGUGCAAGAAGCUUACUGGUGCUAUUGGACAGGAAACCGCAUGUAUAUCCUCAAUACCACGAAAGAGAUGAUGUGUCACCGGAGUAUUCAGAUGCUCGAAAGGAAUGCGUUCAGGCCCUAUCAUUUAGCAACCCUAUUCGACAUAGGCAAGACCUACAAGAACGAAAAGGAAGAAGGGCCAAAGGAACCUGCGAGUGGAUGCUGAAAACCAACAUCUUUCAAGAAUGGCGUGGGGGUUCUGGAAAGGACGAUUCAAACGUUCUGUGGCUUCACGGCUUGCCGGCAAGUGGUAAGUCCAUGAUGACAUUAUUUCUUACUGAAGCUCUGGAGAAUGAUCCAAACCUGCGAGAUGCAGGUUUGGUGAUAUAUUUCUUUUGCGAUUCCAGCUCCCAGAAUCACACGUCUGGAAUCGCUGUUCUGAGUGGUUUGAUCUGGCAAUUGAUCAAGGAUCGACCAAUAAGCCAGGAAGUAGUUAGGGAACAGUAUGAGCAAAAUAAGGGGCUAUUUACUUCUUUCAACCAUCUGUGGAAAUUGUUCAUUAUACUGUUGAAUGGGUGGCGUGAGGGGAAAAUUUAUUGUGUCAUUGACGCCCUUGAUGAGUGCGACGCAGAGUCACAGAAUGCGAUAUCGCGAAAGUUUGAGAGCUUUUUCGACCCGGCGUAUUAUGAUUCAGCCGUCUCACACGUCUAUUUUCUCAUUACAAGCAGACCGUAUGAGGAGAUCAGAACAUAUCUGGGGGGCUUCGUCAACGUGGAUAUCGGUGGGUUUGCCGAGGGAAAAGAUGAUGUUGCUGCGUUCAUUGACUACUCUGUGGGUUGCUUGACUGAGAAGAAGAGAUUUUCCGCUGAGAUGCAGGGGAGAGUUCGUCGCAUUAUUCAGGAAAAAGCCGAAGAUACCUUCCUCUGGGUCUCUUUGGCUAUGGAGGAAGUGAAAGAUGCUGCUCGGGCGGAUAUCAUAGAAAUCCUAGAGCAAUUACCUGGUGGCCUGAGGAGUCUAUAUGGGCAGCUGCUCGAAAGGGCAGCUCAGGCUCGCCCCAAGAGAAAGGAAGAAAUUCUUCGUAUUAUCAAUGUCGUGGCAGUUUCUCUGGAGCCUCUUAGUAUCUUGCAAUUAGCCUACGCCUGCCAGCUUUAUGCACAGGAAAGAGAGGAAGAACAGUUACUUGCAAUGAGAAGCUCCAUCGAGGAUUGCAAGCUUCUGGUUGUUGAAACAAACGAUAAAGUUGCAUUGCUACAUAAGUCAGUCAAAGAGUUUCUUGCAGACGACAGGUCUAGCAGUGGCACUGGCCUUUGGGCUGCACAUGCCUUUCUGGCGUAUAGGUGUAUCGAUUGUUGCAUGGAGUCUGUGGGCAUACCACUUGUGGUUUCGAAGCUGGCCGGCCGCAAAGAUGAGAAAAUUGACGAUACUGAAGAUACUGACAAUGCUAGCCUACUCGCCUAUGCAACUCGUUUCUGGCCGGAGCACGCACAUUUUGCGGGAGAGCAGUUCGAGAUCACCGAGAAACAGGAACCGUUCUUCAAAGAGAACUCACUUCAGUGGCAGAAUUGGUGGUUGCGCCUUUCUGCUUCCCAAACCUACAAAAUAUGGGCAAAGCCUUCCCCGUUUCACAUUGCUGCGACAUGGGGAAUUCUACCACUCGUUAAGUAUGUCCUGCAGACCACUUCAGUGGACAGAUACAACAGGACCGAAUAUUUGGACACCGACUUUCUCACACAGAAGGGCGAGACCGCGCUAGAACUGGCUGCUACGUGGGGCCAUGAAAUGAUUGUGUGCCAUCUGCUAGAACAUGCAUCAGGAGCGAUGGUCAUCUUCAAGGAUGUCCUGGAAGCAGCUAUCAAGAACACGCAACGAGGGGCGCAGAUAAUUGACGCGCUCUUUUUACAUCCACGAACCUACACAUCGAACUGGAGCCAUUCGCACCUGGUCGAAGCUGCCAGAAACCCCAUAUGUGGUCGUGAGAUUUUGCAAAGUCUUCUUAAGCAAAUCCCUAAGCUUCGGAGCUCUUUGGAUGACGACAUACUGAUAGCAGCGGCAGGCAACAGCGACUUGGAGCCCAUGAGACUAUUGCUCAACCUUGAUGCGGGUGACACAAAAUUGAGUGAAGAGGUGCUACUGAGCGCAGUUAGGAACGGUGCAAACGGGUAUAACAUGACUCUUCUUCUACUCUCGUCUAGAGCCACCAGAGGUUUAAUAACAGAGCGCAUAAUAUACGCGGCAGCAUGGAAUCUUUCCAUUUUAAGAGUUCUUCUGGGACAAUAUAACGGAAGGGUUUCAGCCACGACAUUGAACGAGGUAGCACAAGCCGGAGAAGAUCGUGCUCAUCUACUCCUGCAGAAUUGCUCUGGAAUCGAUAUAAGCAGCGACGACAUACUAACGUUCAACUCUCUCAAUCCAGAAACUGCUAUAUAUAUGACACGCGCUAUCUUUGUCGAGAAUCAAGAAUCAAAUGUUGUGAAUAGCCGUAUUCUGUCUGCUUGUUGUAGACACCUGACUGGUGCGCAACUAUCGUUGAUCCUCGAGCGAAGAGAGAACCGGCAGCACAUUACGUCCAAACUAUUCGCAUCAGCUUUGAAAAAUGGGGGUCACUGUAUUGCAGUGAUGGAGAGCCUACGAGAAUACUGGGAAGGACCAAUUCCAUUUACGCAGAAGGUCAUAGAGAGGCUCAUGCGGUUCAACGACAGCUAUGAAGUUAUUAAUUAUGUCUGGGAGCACACCAACAGAGUGACAGCAAAUAUAUCAAUAGGUCGCUGGGGUGGCAUUUUCAAGAAGGAGAAAGGUCUGAAUCAUGUCCAAGCACUGCUGGAUCGGGACGGUGGAGUGAUGGAAAUAGGGAGGCAUGAUCUUUAUGGGGCUGAUGGGGCGCGACAUGCCAGCAGUUCCUGGAAUCAAAUCCUGCAGUGGGCCUUGGGUCAUCCACGAGACAAGCUGCACAUCACGCCGCGCGCGAUAGAGCUGAUACUCCGGUUCUGGAGCAAGCCGACAGCGCGGGCUCUAUUGCAGCAAGACCAGCGCCAGAUAUCAUUCCAUGAAGAAGCUUUGAAAAUAAUUGUGGAACGGUUUGACCCGUCAGACCUGCUUACAGUGCUGAACGGACUGCAAACACCGCUGACUGUAACGGAGGGUAUUCUUAUUGCGGCGUCGAGAAACGGGCAUUGCCACAGAGAGAUGCUCUGUAUCCUCAUAGACAGAAUGGGGCAAACUUCCACGGUCACCCCUUCCAUCAUCAGAGCGCUUGCGCGAGCAGAUGAAGAGUCAUUCAAGUUGCUGAUGUCAAGGAACGACGGCUGCUUCGAAAUUACCGAUGAUUUUGUGAUUGAGGUAUUUGAGAACGAUCGUAAUCAUUCCAAAAUCAUGCGUACUCUUCUCUCCCAGAACAAAGGGAAACGGAGUAUAACAUGUAAAGCUGCAGUUGCAAUUGUUGGUCUCUGCGAUGCGGCCGUGGUAGAGCUUUUGCUACAGGAGUAUACGAUCGCUGGCCUGUCGAACAACAUGAUUGCGGCUGCUUUAUCCAACAGCAUCAACUCCACUACUAUACUUGAUAUGCUUCUGAGACAGUCGAGAGAAUGGACGUUUGAUGAGACUUGGUGGAGCUCGAUUACGCGUGAGAUCUCUGAAGAUACCUUUCAGUGGAUCCAUGCCAAACUCUUUGAUAGCAAUGUGACAUCCAAAUCGUUCCUAGAAGGCGCCUUGUCAAAUUCACGACUGGAAUUCCAAUCCAUUUGUCAUCUCUUCGAGUCAACUUCUCCCCAGGAAACAAUAUCCCAACGCUUGGUAGCUUGCAGCGCAAGAAACCAAACCCAUUCCCGGCAGCUUGUCGAGUUCAUGUUGGCCAGGAAUGAUGUUCAAUUGGUCUUCAUCAACGAAGAUCUUGUGGGAGGGGGUCUGGGAAUCCAGAGACUCGGUGAUGUCGCUAUGAAAGAUCUCCUCUCUAUUAGCAGCAACCGAAUCAAGGUAACACAUAAUGGGAUAUAUGCUAUACUGCGCUGGUAUGACCAGAGCACCGUCGACCGCCUGAUCAGGCGGACGGGAACUGACUUUCACUUCACGGCUGAUCUGAUUCAGGCGCUCAUAUUCAAUUCAGCCUGUGGUAAAGAUACGUUGCAUGGAUUACUGAUGGAUCAAAAUAUACGGGUCUCGCCUUCUCAACUGGCCAUUAUUAUUGAAAGUGGAUGUUUCAAAGUCGAUUCUCUAAAACAGACUUUGACUGACCCUUCUAUGAGGAUGACCGAGCCUCUUUUUGAUGCUAUUACUGCAGCUGAUGAUGGAUAUUCUCUGAUGAAUGCAUAUCUCAAUACACAUUCUAUUAGUUCAAUUCGGAUCACAGUGCCUACCGUAGCCAAGAUGAUUGGAACACCCCAUCGCCACAAUUUGCCAUUGCUCAAACUGCUCCUUCGCCAACCACGGACACAGGUUCACAUCACGCAGCCUGCCAUUCGAGCUGGACUUCGGGCGUUUAAUACUCACCAGUUGCAGUCUUUUAUUGAGACUCUGACACUAAUGGUAUCACGAGGAGACAGAAUCAUUGCAGACGAAGAGUGCAUGGCAGAACUAUUCGCUCACGAAUACACGGAGCGCCUGAUGGAGACUAUCUGUCAUCAUACGAUUGAGGAGGAGCUUAUAAUCUCAAAAACUACCGUCAUGGGCUUGAAGCACUACAGUGCUAUAAAAGCACUCAUGAACCAUGCCAAAUUUUACGUUGUCAUUACUGAAGCUGCAUUGUGCAAUAUACUUGCCAGACCUGAUCACGAGAUAGACAUGCAUUUGCUAAUUUCACGGCCAAACUGGAAGAUCCCCAUCACGGAGACCGUUAUUUGCGCAGGGAUUAUGAAAGACUAUUACAGAUCAUAUCAUAUGUCAGCCCUAUUUCAGCAUGCGAGGCACGUACAGCUGACGUCAGUGUUUUUCAAGACCCUAACUGAGGCGAGAGUCGCCAGGGGGGAAGGUGAAGACAGUGUUGAGGAUAUUGAGGAAUUCCUAGCCUUUUUCAAGAAGGUUCGCCUCGGUGGUUGUAUCAGCGCCGACAUGGUGGAUGGUAUUGUCGAGCACUGCUCUCCUCCAAUUGUUCUUGCCCUGUUCGAUAGAAUUGACGAUCCAAUUCCGUUUUCCAGAUAUACAUUGCCAUUUCUAGCAAGAAGAUUCAGCGAAAAAAUCAUUGCAGUGUUUCUCGAUCGACACGGCAAUAACUCACUUAUUACAGAGGAGGUUCUUGCUGCUGCGGCUUCAAAUGGGAAACAUGGGCCUGAUGUCGUCACUCUCCUUCUACAGCGCAGUGCUGUCGUUCCAACUAAGAGCGUCCUGCUUGCUGUAGCCACAAAUCUGGGGCAGGGUCUACGUGUCUUUACCAUUCUACUUGACCAUUUGUCCAAGUCAUCCGUAAAGAUAAUGGACACAGAUCGUCAAAACGAUGCGAUCGCAUUGGAAAGUUUAUUAGCAAAGGACGUCCUUUUUGUAGGGCUCCAGACGUGCUUUGCCGACAAUAUGGCUCACCAUUGGAAACGCGCCACUCUGCAAGACCAGGCAUUCAGGAUAGUGAAUAUGUUUAUUGAACGUGGAGUCCCUGUCGUCUUCAACGAGGAUGAUCUCCUCAGGCUCUUCGAACUCUACACUCUGGCCCCCCAUUUUAAUUUCAUCCUGCAAACACACAGAGGGAGGCUACCGACCAUCACACCCAAUUUGAUAGCGAGAGUCCGAUUGCGAGUCACAAAGUACCUGUCUCGCAGAUGGCCCCUCAAGUUCCCGUACUGCAACCCAACCCUUUACGACCCGCUGUUUAUACCUGCAAUCCAGCUCACGAUCAGGGAUAUUGAUCCCUUCACCUUCAACUCCUUGAUGAGACAGAGUAAGCGUCCAUCAGAGGAGAUCAGGGCCGUGGUCGAGUCAUGCAGUGGUCAAUGGGUUGGCAAGCAAAUUAUGCUCCAAGUAUUGACUUCCCAGGCAAUGGAAAUCACAGGAGAAAUGAUAUCCAAGGGAGCACUAGAUCAAUCUGACUCUUUUGAGCUGUUGCGACAGCCCGAAGUCAAAAUAGCACGUGGCGCAUUGCAAAGAAUUCUACAGCAUCUUGACCCGGGGGACAGCUUGGACCUCUUGAAACUGAAGUCUAUGUCUGGGAUUAUUGACGAGGAAAUGUGGAUUUCCAUAGUCUCCAAAUUCACGAACCUCGACAUGAGGCGCCUCAAUCUCAGUCUCCGGGACUGGAAAGAGGUUAUCGAAAAGGCAGGCCGUCGAGAAAUUAUUUCAGAAAGCGUCUUGUCGUCGGUAAUUCGCACGAACAACUCUGAUAUACUCGACUUGUGCCUGAGAAAUUACCACAAGCCAUUGGUCGUGACAGAACAACUCGUGGAUGCCUUUGCUGCUGCUCGUCCAGAUGUGAACAUCCUGCGCAGGUUACUUGAACACGAGUCGCUUGUUCACCCCAUUCACCCAUCCUCUUUGAAAAGAAUACUGGAGGUAUUUGGUUCUGGAAUCGCCGAUGAGCUCUUCAAGAUCACCAAAGGUCGGCUAUUAGUCGACGAAUCCCUCUUGGUGUCUAUUAUAUCCACAAAGAACGUGAAGAUUAUCCAGUCAUUCUUCAAUGAAUACCGAGAUGAUCUUACUCUUACUCCAAGGGUUGUCAUGACUGCCCUGCAGACAAAUACGCCUGAUCAUGCUGAGGUCAUAGCCGACGAUCAAUCUGAUGAAUCAGACGAGUCCUCGGAGGGCAGCGCAGGUUGGUCUGAGUCAGAAAAGUCUUAUGACAGUGACUCUAGUUCUGGUCUCAUGGAAUUACUUGGAAGUCGUGCACCCUGGGAUACUGAACCGCAGGUGUCAGAUGAUGAAAGCGACGUGGAGAGCCUGAAAACGAACCAAGACACAAGUACAAAGUACUGCACCUCUGCGUAUUUGCUUGAAUGUUUGUUACGCCGUUGCUCAUAUGACCCCACGGGACUGACAGAAGAGAUUCUGCUGUCCGUCAUUGAGAAUGCCGGAGAGUGCGAGGUCCUUUUUACGAUAAUUGCCAAAUACUACAGCCUUGAAAACGUGGAAAUUACGGAAACCAUUGCCAAGGCUGCUGCAUCCAGCAGUAUGCGAAGUGUGAAGCUUCUGAUGGAUCUAUUUCCGGGCAAGGUCCCGAUUACAGAGGAAGUCCUUAUUGCAGCAGCAAGAAGCUCUCAAGAGAGCUAUGGGACUCUUCGGCUACUGCUUUCUGGCUCUUCGAGCCGGAUAUCGGUAUUCAAAGGGGUUAUGAUAGCGUUGUUGCAAAACCCCAAUUCUUGCCCUUCUUCCUUUCAACUUGUGCUUGAAUAUGGGGGUAGCAAUCUACUCAGGAUCCAGGAGAUCAAGACUUCCAUUGUUAAGAACGCAGAAAGAAGGGUAAUUUUGCAGUUCUUUUUGGAGCAGCCCGGGUUCAGCCUUACUGUGACCGAGAGCAUGAUCCGAUCGGAUAAUGAGAACGACCCCAAGGACAUCUCUAUUUUAAUCCGGAAACUGUUCGGCCGUCCAGAAAGCAACCGAUGGGACGAGGACGAUGAGAAGCCCCUAAUCAACCGCAGCCUUCUUUUCAAGAGCCGGAAGAUCAGAUUUAGCUCUGCUUCUAUUGCUUACAUCAUGGCCAAAGGAGGUACAGGGUCCACUAUAUCGUUGUUGGAGAAGCUCGCCACUGACCGAGAUGACCGCCAUUUGACAGAGGAUGUUUUCCUCCAUGCUAUAUCCAAUGAGCAUAAAACGGCUUGCCUUACGAUAAACCAUCUACUGUCACGCACACGCCAAUCGCUCUCCGAGAAAGCCUGGAUUGCAGCUGCGAAGAAUGAAGUUCACGGGUGGACUCUGAUGCAAAUAUUCGCGGAUUAUGACCCAACCCUAGGAUCAAUGACACCCACGGUUGUUUUGAAUGCUGCACGCAAUGACAAGCUGGGUAAUCAUAUUCUCAAAUGGCUUUUAGCUUACCACCCAACUAAGGUGUGUUUCUCUGAGGACAUCCUGGCAGCUAUCUCAGGGAACCCAGUGUGGUGGACGGGCGAGCCUCUUACCAGCGAGACCUACCGGCCCCAUAUAUGGCAAAAUGGCCCCAUCCUUGAGGUAAUACUUCAUCAAGCCCAGGAUCAGGCAAAGAUCACGGAGAAUAUUCUUAUGGCUGCAGUGAAGAACCCUGAGCACAGUGCUCGAUAUAUCAGGGUAUUGCUCCAACAUCCCACGAGAGAAGCCUCGAAUCUUCAAGAGGUUGCAAGAGUUGCAGCGGCCCAGGAAUUCGUGGAAAUAAAAACACUUCUCAGCCUGUUUGAACACGGUGCCAAAGUCGACGAAGAUAUAGUGGUAGCAGCGAUGAGGAAUAGUGAACGAGGCGGUGAUAUUUUCGAGCUGCUUCGGGUCGAGAAUCUUUGGAGUGACUUUAUUGCCACUGAUAAAGUGGUGUUAGCAGCAGCGGGGAAUGAACAAAAUGGAAACGACUUGUUCGAGGGCUUUCUGCGUUCCUACCAGGGGGUUAUUGUGCUUCAAGAUGAGCAUAUUAAAAAGGUCGCCAACUCUUUCAAGUCGGAUGUUAUAUGCCAGUUGCGGAUUCACCAGAGGGUUCCUGUUUACAACCCGCUACCUGUUUUUAUUUAUUUUCACUACCUCUUCUAUGUUUUAUAUCGUUUGUUUGCAUUAUAUUGUUGAUAUAUAUAUCGCCCUCUCAGAAGGCCGUUUUCUUUACUAGAUCUAUGUAUCAAUAGUAAAGGAAACAAUCUAUGAAAUCCGGGAAGCAGGUAACCACAGCUGAUUAGGAUACGCGGGACAGUUAAUCCAGUAUAGUACCCCCCAACCUUACUGCAAAUGCGUCACAAGUUUUCCCUGAUUUCCGCCUUCAAAGAGCUUCAGCCAAACCUCAGGUAUGUCUUCGAAAUUGGCCGGGCACACCGUUUCACUCUCAGCGUCGAGAUGCAAUUUCCCAUCCACGAUUGCCUGCCUUAGGACCGCCCUGGCUUCGUGGGCCUUCGCAUAGUAAUCGAG